AUGACGGUCGCUCAGGAUCCUUCUCGUGAGGAUGCUCGUAUCGUGCAGCAGCAGCAUGCCGACCAGGACAAAGAAGUCCUGGUAGAUGCGGAGAAGAUGUCACCAUCCGACGUGGGCACUUCGUCCAGAGAUGGCUCGGAGAAGCCCGACCCGACGAGGUCAUCAACAGAACAACCAUCUCCUGAAGCGACUGGAGAUGGGUCCGAGGAGAAAGCGGGCGCUGGUGCGCCGUUGGAUAGAGUGCCGUCGCAGGCGCAAAAGCUAGGGAAGAAGAAGAUUGUCGUUGUCAUGACUGCGCUUUGUACCAUCGUCUCCACAGCCCUACCUACUAUCGCGUCGCAUUUCCACGCUUCGGAGAGCGGCUACUCAUGGAUCGCUUCAUCAUACAUGCUGGCCAACGCCGCCACCGUCCCCUUAUGGGGCAAGAUCAGUGAUGUCUGGGGUCGCAAACGCAUCAUUCUCAUCGCCAACCUCCUCUUCCUCGUCGGCAGUCUGAUUUGUGCGCUGGCGAUCGACCUCCCCAUGAUUAUCUCGGGCAGAGCUAUUCAAGGUGCAGGCGGCGGAGGUAUUACCGUGCUGACCAAUAUCUGCGUCUCCGAUCUCUUCAGUGUCAGAGAACGCCCCAUGUACUACGGCCUCUUCGGCUCUACAUGGGCCAUCGCCGGUGCCCUGGGCCCUAUCGUCGGCGGUGCCUUCACCACAGACGUAACCUGGCGCUGGUGCUUCUACCUCAACCUCCCCAUCGGUGGCGUCUCCUUCGUCAUUUUAGUCUUCUUCCUUAAGAUCGAAACCGGAAAAGUCCCCUUCUGGGCGGGCAUCCGCUCCAUCGACUGGACCGGCAACAUGCUCAUGCUCGGCGGCACACUAAUGUUCCUCUUCGGGCUCGAAUUCGGCGGUGUCAACUACCCCUGGGACUCAGCAACAGUAAUCUGCCUGAUCAUCUUCGGCGUCUUCACCUGGGGCCUCGCCUUCCUCAACGAAUGGAAAAUCGCUCGCUACCCCGUCAUCCCAAUCCGCCUGUUCAACAACAAACACAACGUCCUAAUACUUCUAAUCUGCUUCUGCCACAGCAUGGUCUUCAUGUCCGGCUCCUACUACCUGCCCCUAUACUUCCAAACCGUUCUCCUCGCCAGCCCCAUCAUGUCCGGCGUCUACGUCCUUCCCACCGUCCUCAGCCUCUCCAUUUUCUCCGCCGGCACCGGCUUCGUCAUCAAGAAGACAGGCCGAUACCGCGAACUCAUCAUUUUCGGCUUAGCCCUCAUGGCCCUCGGAUACGGCCUUCUCAUCGACCUCAAAUACUAUGCCUCCUGGCCUCGCAUCAUCAUCUACCAAAUCAUCGGCGGCAUUGGCACUGGCCCGCUUUUCCAAUCGCCCCUUGUCGCUCUCCAGGCGAACAUCCACCCCUCCGACAUGGCCGCCGGCACAGCUACCUUCGCCUUCUUGCGACAACUCUCCGCUGCCAUUUCCAUCGUCUUGGGAACAGUCAUCUACCAGAACGUCUUCCGUGAGCAAUUGCCCAAGGUCGCUGCCGCGAUCGGCGAGCAGAAGGCUACGUCUCUCGCGGACUCGUUCUCGGGCUCGGCUAGCUCGCUUAUCAAGUCUCUGGCAGCUGACCAGAAGACUGUCGUGUUGAAGGCGUACACGUUUGCGUUGAGUCGUAUGUGGAUCUUUUAUUGUGCGAUGGCUGGAGUUGGACUUAUCAUCAGUUUGUUUGUGAAGCCUGUGGUCCUGAGUAAAUCGCAUACGAUUGCAAAGACGGGUCUCGCGGAGCAGGAGAAAGCUAGACAGGCGGUUUUGGAGGCUCAGAAGAGGGGGAGGGGUGAGGUGGGAGAAGCAAAGGAGGGGGUUUGA